AUGAGGGGACCGGCCUGUGGCUCCUGGAAAGCCCAGUCUUCCAAGUGUGGCACACAGGGUAGCGCCGACACUUAUGGCUGCAUGGGCUCGCAGGAUGCGGGAAGACGCUUCUUCUUUGACUUUGGCGACAAGAGACAACAGACCGUCGAUGGCAUGCUGCGAUCGCUUGCUUUCCAACUUCACAAAUGUGAAGCUGAUUUUGUAGACCUUAGCAACUUAUUUCAAGCACACCAGAAUGGCCGCGACCAACCUACCAUAAAGGCGCUUAAGGACGUUGUGUACAAGAUGCUUAAAUCCCAGAAGAAGAAGACUUCUAUCGUCAUGGACGCUUUGGACGAGUCGGAAACGAGGGACGAUCUUGUCCAAUGGAUGAAAGACGUCAUCUUUACGCCAGAGCUAGACCACGUCCAACUAAUCUACACCAAUCGGCCUGAGCCCGAGUUCGUGCGCGACAUCCCCUCGUUAAUAGGCGAGGAAAACCGCUUAGCACUUGAUAAGCAGUCGAUCAACAUCGAUAUUCGAUCAUAG